AUGCCACCCUUAGCAGGCGAAGAGCGCCUUGUGACUUUGUUCGCCGAUAUUCAUUACUAUUUCACAGAGCCAACUCGAAGACCUCUACCAUACCACCACCGUUUUGACAAAGGCUCUUACCUCUAUAUUUAUCAUAACGCCGCCCAGAACAAAGCCAGGAUCGAGAUUGCGAACAAUCCUGGAUCUCCGGAACAAGAUGCAUUCUGCGGGCACUUGGAUAAAGUCCAUAUACGGCACUCCUCUCAAUUUCCGACUCUCUGUACACUAACAGUUGAGGACUCAACCUCGCCUCAGCAACAGCAUUACCCAUCAGACGUCUCCACUCAGCACGAAUGGCGUCUACCCAGCGGGGAUCCACGUGCCGAGUCCAAGGACUUUCGGGACUUCCCUCGUCUACACACGCUGGACAUCUACUUUUGGGGCGUCGAGGAUUCAACCCAAUUCUUGGAUGCAGCCGUGCUGCUCCUGUCGAGCUCGCAGGUCGAGACGGAUCGGGAGCCUGCACCACAGCAAGAGCAGCCGAUGAGCUCGGUGGUCCAGCAGCUUGAGAACGUCGCGGUCUCAGAUCCAGCUUACCAGAACGGGCAAACACCAAACUCUCGAUCUGGCCAAACAGCAGAGGCACCCACUUUCCAGCCACCACCGCAAAUCAGCAGCUUCCCGCCUCCACCUCCAAGUGGCCCACCAGCCGAGCAACAAUCCAGCACCGGUCCUUCUCCUGUCGAGGAGAAGAAAGACCCAGCUAGCUUCGCCCCGCUGCCAUACAACCCUGCCGCUCCAGCAGCACCAGAGCCAAUUCAACACCGCGAAAAGACGCCUCCACCAGAAGAUGGCAUGACCGGCACAGGUCUAGCAGCGGCAGUAGCAGCCGACAAUGGCAUUCCAUACACACCUCCAAACCAGACAAUCGGAGGAGCUGGCGUAGGCGUGUACGCCUCUCCACCACCCUCAAACCAGGGCCCAGGGCUGCAAUACGCAGGCCCACCAGCCUACACAUCUCCUCCGCCUAGUGCUGGUCUUCAGCACUCGAACUCUUUCUCUGCCGUCCAACCUUCGACCCAAAGUCCGGCAAUGGCCGCUCCUUCGUACCCGCAAUCGUUCAUCAGUGGACAGGGACACCCCAACAGCCGACAAGGCUCUAUGUCUUUUGCACCACCGCCUCAAGAUCCAAAUGCUCAUCUCUUUGAUAGGCAGGUGUAUGGUGGCGCGCAGUCCCAGACGCCACCUCAGCAUCAGGCUACGCCUCUAGGUGGAUACUCAAACUAUUCCUAUAAUCGGACAUCGGCGCAGAACGCACAGCCUCAACCUCAGCAGUUGCAACGUGCAGGCUCCGAGUAUGACAUUCAUAGCCAGGUCUACAGGCCCACAGAGAUAGAGGCUGGCCACCACAACCAGAAAUAUGCACAGAAAGCUAUGAAGAACCCAGGGCAGCGGCCUAGGAAAUUGGAAGAGAAAGCCGAGCGGUUGGAAGGUGGCAUGAACAGGUUCUUGAAGAAGCUUGAGAGAAAGCUAUGA